ACCCCGUGGAUUACACUCAGACGGGUUGUGAGAGAAUCAGCCGUGUAACAUAGCUAGCUAGCUAGACCGAGAACACCACUAUCCCUUAGCGCUCAGUCCUGAGUAGCCAUGGUUGACAAGAGCGAGGUGGUUCAGAAGGAGCUGGUCCAGAAGGCCAAGCUGGCGGAGCAGGCCGAGCGCUACGAUGACAUGGCGGCCUCCAUGAAGGCUGUAACGGAGGAGGGCACCCAGUUGUCCAAUGAGGAGCGGAACCUCCUCUCCGUGGCCUAUAAGAACGUGGUGGGGGCCCGGCGCUCCUCCUGGAGGGUGGUGUCCAGCAUCGAGCAGAAGACUGAGGGUAGUGAGAAGAAGCAGGCCAUGGCCAAGGAGUACAGAGAGAAGAUAGAGAAGGAACUGAAGGAGAUCUGUAAUGAUGUGCUGGGUCUUCUGGACAAGUUCCUCAUCCCCAAUGCUACUCCAGCCGAGAGCAAAGUCUUCUAUUUGAAAAUGAAAGGAGAUUACUACCGCUACUUAGCCGAGGUGGCUGUUGGAGAGGAGAAAGCCGCCAUCAUCGGUAACUCCCAGGAGGCCUAUAAGGAUGCGUUUGAGAUCAGUAAGAACGACAUGCAGCCCACCCACCCUAUCCGUCUGGGUCUGGCUCUCAACUUCUCGGUCUUCUAUUACGAGAUCCUCAACUCCCCUGAGCAGGCCUGCAAACUGGCCAAGACGGCUUUCGAUGAUGCUAUUGCAGAGCUUGAUUCUCUGAGUGAAGACUCGUACAAAGACAGCACCUUGAUCAUGCAGCUGCUGAGAGACAACUUGACAUUGUGGACUUCUGACAACCAGGGAGACGGGGAGGAUGCUGAGGAGGGUAGAGACUGACCUGGUCCCUGUCUGUCUGACUGUCAUCAUCCCUGUCAACUCUUCAUCCUCUAUCUAUCAACACUGAGACAGACAGACAGACGGACCACCUCAUCCAGCCCAGCACCUCUCUUUAGUUCUGUCUGUCCCAACGUCUCACUCACCUCCAUAUGUUUACUCUUCUUUUGGAGUCAUUGUUGGGGGGGUUGCUUUCCAGGACUUGGUUGAGGGAGGGGUUGGUGGGACGUACAGCAUGGUAGGUUGAGGUGAGGCACUUGUCUACUGACCGUAUUAUUAUUUGUGUGGCCAGCAAUAGGGUUUUCCAUGUAUGUUGAAGGGUGAGGGCAAGUUCUCAACUCAUGCAAUGUGGCAAGUUCAGGUUUAGAAUAAACCUGGUAUACUCUACUACCUGUGUUCAUGUUAAUGAUCUUGUGCUUGACAACAUUGCUUGAUUCAUUUGUGGUUCAACAUCAGUCUCUCUUGAUUGGAGGAGGCAGCAGCGAGCGGUUUUAGUCUGUAGCUACCUAGACAACUGACAGCUACCUAGACAACUGACAGCAACCUAGACAACUGACAGCUACCUAGACAACUGACAGCAACCUAGACAACUGACAGCUACCUAGACAACUGACAGCUACCUAGACAACUGACAGCUACCUAGACAACUGACAGCUACCUAGACAACUGACAGCUACCUAGACAACUGACAGCAACCGCUAGACAACUGACAGCAACCGCUGGACAACUGACAACAGGAGCAUUAGGGGAUAGUCCUGAGGCAUCUAUCGAUGGUGUUGUCUGCGCCCCAAAUGGCACCCUAGUCUCUAAAUAUUGCACUACUUUAGACCUGAACUCUAUGGGCCCUGGUCAGAAACCUGUGCACUAUGAAGGGAAUAGGGCGCCAUUUGAGAGGAGACCUUGGAUAGAGAGGUUACAUUCCAUAAAACUGUCACUAUACUGCUCCAGUUUCUUCUUCUUCUUCAGUUUGACUGACCUGCUGACGUCAUUGUAUUUCUGUGUCAUUUAGGAGGUAUAGAAAAGUCUAGAACAAAGAGGACAUGCUUAAUACUGGGACUGUUUGAACCAGCAGAGCAGGAUGAAUUUCCCCAUGUGCUUAUCUAGUUACUGCUUUUUCCAGUUAAGGUUUUUAUUUUAAUAAUAGUUUUUUUCUUUUGAUACUUGUGGCUAAGAACUAGUUAAUGGGGAGGAAAGGGAGAUUGUUGUUGGGCUGGCUAGCUUUGUCCAUGUCUUUUGGAAUUUUCAUACAAAACACCCAAGCAUAACUGUUAUCUGGAGGGAAAUGUUAUUUCAUGUAUGUGGAAUAAAAAGGUAAUUUAAAAGUU